CAGGACGGUCUGUAAGUACCUCGGUCAGACUUGAUGGGUUAUGAAAUCCAUAACCUAUUGUCUUCUCUUUGUGACUUGCCCAAAAUCCACAGCCAUUAGAAGUGGCUGGGAAGGGCUUGAAUAAAUCCUAGGUUUGUGUUGGGAAACCACUUCCUAUCCCUUCUUGGAAUGUUGCUGCCAGCAAGGCCUUUGGAGAUCUUUUUACCAACAAAAAUGAAACCAAGAGAAUUUGGGUCAUGUACUCAAGGUCACAUUAUUGGUAAAGAAACUGACGCCCAGAGAAGCUAAUUAAUUUAUCCAAGAUCACACAGCUAACAAGUGAGAGUCAGGACUUGAACCAGGAAAUUUGCUCCAGAAUCUUGCCUUCAACUACUUUGCUAUGAAGAAGUAAAUCCCCUUCAAAUGUACAAAUACACUGAAUUUCCCCAAGAAUGGGAUUAUAAUAGAAUGAGAUUAUAAUAGAACAUUUUCCCAACCUUUUUUGGAAAUACAUUCUACCAUGUAUUCUACCAUGUAUGUGAAUACUCUCACAUACAAGUACUUUACAAGUGAAAGACAGUUACCUUAGACGCAAUCCUUAUGCUUACUACAUGUAAUAGACCCUGGUGUAUUCCCUCUUCUUUUUCUCCUUGCAUCUCUUAUCCUUUUUUGAAAAAAAAAAACGCAGGCUACAACUUACUCAAGAGUCAUGAUCUGUGGUUUGGAAAAAAUACCUCUUUAAACUGAUCUUCUGGUUCACAUCUCUGUUAUGAAAGCUGUUAGUGGUUUUACUUGUUAAGUUUCCAUCCACAGACACCACUUGGAGUGGGAAAGACUGUCAGAUAAUUUCUAUCAAGCGUAUUUCUGGUCAGGAGGUAUUCAUUGCUGUCCUUGUAGUUAAUGUCUAAUGAUGGUACAUGAACGCUUUAAGACAAAUCACCAUGCCGUUACCUUAGAAAAAUCUUCAUUCCCUCCUUCAUUCAUUCAUUCGAUAUGUGGGCACCUACUAUAUGCCAGGAAUUGUGCUAAAUCAGGAGUUGGCAAACUCUGGCUGGCAGGCCAACUCCAGAGUGCCACCUGUUUCUGUAAAUAAGGUUUUCUUGGAUCACAACCAAGCCCAUUCAUUUAUGUUUCUUCUGUGGCUGCUUCUGUGCUUAUGGCAGAGUGAAAAUAGCUACUACAGAAAAUGUGUGGCCUGGUGAAGGCCAAAAUAUUUCUUAAUCUGGUUCUUUAUAGACCUAGUUUGCAGAUUAUGGUGCUAGAAUCUAAAACACAAUGGUAUUCUAGGCUGGUCUCUACCAUCCUGGUUGUUUGCAUUGUCCUCUUUAGCUUAUGCUGUGUUUCGGGUUCCUUUGGUAGCACUGGAGGGGGAGGUGUGGAGGUUUUUUGCCUCCCUUGCACCGCCUCAGAGAACACCUGCUCACAGUAGAUGCUCAGCAGGCACUUUUUGUUAGGUAGAUUUGGCAGCAGAUAUUGGAAAUAAAGCAACCUAUCUACAAGGUAGAAAGAAUUUAUUCCUUUAAGAUAGCAAAGAGUUUCACUUUAGAGAUGCUUAUCUUCACUGCUAAGAGAAGCAAAUGGUAACUUUUGUUGAGUGCCUACUGUGCAUUGAACCCUGUGGUUAAAAAGAAGAGCCUUGGUUCUUUGACACUUGCAUCAAAGAUGGGAAGAGAAAUGAGAUACUUAAUAUUUCUAUUGGAGGGCCUAGUGUAUACUUGGAGAUGAUUUUAUUUAAUUACCUUAGAAUCUUAAAUGUUUAUGUUCCAAUAGGUUUUAGCUAGUUACUAAUCAGUCCCAAGAGUGAUUGCUGUGUGCCUGAGUGCAUAAGCUGAUUCUAUUUUUCCUUUCUUCCUUCCUCUCUCCCUCUCUCCCUUCCUUCCUUCUUUCCAUUUUUCCUUCCUUUAACAAACUUUCUGUUUUGAAUGUCUCUUAUGGGUCAGCACCAUAGAUGUAUUAAAGAAAAGACUGGCCUUUCCAGACAUAGAUAUAAACACAUGAUUACAAUACAGUGCAUUGAUAGAGGGAUGCUCAGAUUUUCUAGUAAUACAGAGAAGGUGUGCCAAACAAGGGAAGACUUCCUUGGGGAGGUGGCACAGAGUUGACUCUUGAAAAAACUCACUGGACAAAGGAGACAUAGGAUAUUUUAGACAAGGUACCAGCAUAUGUAAAGGCUAGAGGUAUUUGAAAAUAUGAUGUUUUCAGGGGGUAGUAGAAAACAAGAACACUGGCCCAUCAUCAAAGGGAUUUGUGCCUUGAUUUUUUUUUUUUUUUUUGCUUACAGUUCUCUCUCUUAAGGUGAUUUUAAAAAUUCUAUUUAUUCAGAAUUCUUAUUUACUUCUUCAUUCAUUUAGUGUAUUUGUUUAUUUGUAGUGGAAACAGGUUAUGUGGAUCGAUUCAGUUUUUUUCAGCAAGUUGGUUAGGUUAGCUGGUUGGUCUGUGUAAAUCUUCAUUAGUUUUAGGUAGGACAUCAAACUGCAACCUUGGCCUGGCCUCUUGGGGAAGAAGCACCCCCUGAGUGAGCUAGCUAACCUAUCCAGUCACAUCCAGAAGGAAUUUGACCCAGUGGGAGAGGGGCAGUUAAGAUGACUGGGUUGUGACUCAGUCUCCUUGUAAAAAUGAUCCCAGGCAGUGGAGAUUGCCCACUGCUUCCACCUUGUGCCCGACCUUUCAAUCUUCCUAAUAAAUCUGCCUGAGCUUUGCUGCCUCCUAGGGUAUCAAGAGAGGCAUUUGUAUGAAGACCUUUUGGGAAUCGAUGUCAAAUGCUCAGCAAAUGUUCUGUUAAGUUAGGUCUGCAGCAGUGUGGAAAAGAAGCAGAUUAAAGGAAUAAAAUAUGGCCCAAACAGUUUCGGAGAGUACUAGCCAGCCGGGACUCUGUUUUGUCAUUUAAGGCUGGAAUUUCCAUGUGGAGGUGCAUAUCCAUGUUUCUUUCUGCUUUUCUGGAGUUUCACUUCAUGGCCUCAUGGAAUGCUGUUGAAGAGGAAAAGGCUGAAAAGCUAGUGCUGGAGGAAACUGCAUAUGAAGAAAUCGAAAGGGAUUUUCAGGAGGUUCUCAAUGAACUCUCAGGGGACAGAAGUUUGGAGAAAUUUAAGGUUGAAUAUGAGAAGCUUCAUGCCGUCAUGAAAAAGUCUUAUGACAAUGAAAAGCGUCUGAUGGCCAAGUGCAGAGAGCUGAACGCAGAGAUCGUGGUUAAUUCCGCUAAGGUCGCCACUGCCCUGAAGCUCUCUCAGGAUGAUCAGACCACCAUCGCAUCCCUGAAGAAGGAAAUUGAAAAGGCCUGGAAGAUGGUGGACUCAGCCUAUGAUAAAGAGCAGAAGGCAAAGGAGACGAUUCUUGCCCUGAAAGAGGAAAUAGUGAACCUAACCAAACUAGUCGAGCAAGGGUCUGGACUGUCCAUGGACCAAGAUAGCAACAUCCGGGACUUGCUGAAGUUCAAAGAAGAGGUGACAAAGGAGCGAGACCAGCUGUUGUCAGAAGUGGUGAAAUUACGAGAGUGCUUAGCUCAGACCAUUGAGCAGCAGCAGGAAAUGGAGCGGUCCAGGGAAGAGGCGGAGCAGACCGUCAGUCAGUUCCAACAAGAAAUCCAGCAACGUCAGAAUGAAGCUUCACGGGAGACCCGGAAGAAAGAAAAACUAGAGAAGGAGCUCAGGCAGAUUCAGACGGACAUGGACAGCAGGCAGACGGAAAUCAAGGCGCUGCAGCAGUACGUGCAAAAGAGCAAGGAGGAGCUUCAGAGGCUGGAGCAGCAGCUGAAAGAGCAGAAGAUACUUAAUGAGAGAGCCGCAAAGGAGCUGGAGCAGUUUCAGAUGAGAAAUGCUAAACUUCAGCAAGAGAACGAACAGCACAGUUUGGUUUGUGAGCAGCUAUCCCAAGAAAACCAGCAGAAGGCGUUGGAGCUCAAAGCCAAAGAAGAAGAAGUCCAUCAGAUGCGCCUUGACAUUGGGAAGCUCAACAAAAUCAGAGAACAAAUCCAUAAGAAAUUGCACCAGAUUGAAGAUCAAAAGGGAGAAGUGGAGCAGCACAAGGAAACCCUGAAAAAUCAGAUCUUGGGACUAGAGAGAGAGGUGGAAGCCUCAAAGAAACAAGCAGAACUUGAUAAGAAAGCAAUGGAUGAGCUUCUGAGAGAAAGGGACAUAUUGAAUAAGAAUAUGCUUAAGGCGGUCAGUGCAACCCAGAAACAGAUAGACCUGGUAAAGCUCCAUGAACAAGCCAAGAGGAAUCUGGAGGAAGAAAUCCAAAACUACAAAGAGGAGGCUCAGAAGCAGAGAAAGAUCAUCUUUCAACUGGAAAAGGAGCGAGAUCGGUACAUCAAUGAAGCCAGUGACCUUACCCAAAAGGUCCUCAUGAACAUGGAAGACAUAAAAGUUCGUGAAAUGCAGAUUUUUGACUAUAGGAAAAAAAUUGCUGAAUCAGAGACUAAAUUAAAACAGCAACAGAACCUGUAUGAAGCUGUGAGGUCAGACAGGAAUCUGUAUAGUAAAAAUCUGGUUGAGGCUCAGGAUGAAAUAACAGAAAUGAAGAGAAAAUUAAAGAUUAUGACCCAUCAGGUAGAUCAAUUGAAAGAAGAAAUCUCAGCUAAGGAGUCGGCACUUGUGAAACUACAUCUGGAACAGCAGCGCAUAGAAAAGGAGAAGGAAACCCUGAAGGCCGAGCUGCAGAAGCUGAGACAACAAGCCCUGGAGACCAAACACUUCAUUGAAAAGCAGGAAGCCGAGGAGAGAAAACUCCUGCGAAUUAUAGCAGAGGCUGAUGGGGAGAGGCUGAGACAGAAGAAGGAGUUGGACCAGGUCAUCAGCGAGAGAGAUAUCCUUGGGUCGCAGCUAGUUCGGCGCAAUGAUGAGUUGGCUUUGCUCUAUGAGAAGAUCAAGAUCCAGCAGUCUGUGCUGAAUAAAGGCGAGAGCCAGUAUAACCAGAGGUUGGAGGACAUGAGAAUCCUCAAACUUGAGAUCAAGAAGCUUCGCCGGGAGAAAGGGAUUCUUGCCAGGAGUGUGGCCAAUGUCGAUGAACUCAGGCAGGAGCUUUUUCACACGCAAAGAGAGUUCCUGAAGGAGAGGACGAGAUGCCGAGCCUUGGAGGAGGAACUGGAGAACCCCAUGAACGUGCACAGAUGGAGGAAGCUUGAGGCCAGUGACCCCAGUACCUUUGAGCUGAUACAGAAAAUACAUACACUGCAGAAGCGCCUCAUCAGCAAAACAGAAGAGGUGGUUGAAAAAGAGCUGCUCCUCCAGGAAAAGGAGAAACUGUAUGUGGAACUAAAGCACAUCCUGGCUCGGCAGCCUGGGCCCGAGGCUGCGGAGCAGCUGCAGAUCUAUCGCCACACACUGCGGGAGAAGACCAAGCAGCUUAAAGUUUUGUCUUCAGAAUUGAAUAUGUAUGAGUCACAGAGCCAAGAAUACAAGUACGAGAUCGAAAAACUUACCAAUGAACUGCUGAAUUUAAAGAAGAAAUACCUUGCUCAGAAACGUAAAGAAUACAUUCAGAAAAACAAAGACAGAAUAAGCAUGGAGGACACCUUCUCAGUGGCCAAACCAAGCGGCCCUCGUUUUACUGGGGGUGGAUUUCCCCUCAGCAAGUCAUCCAAGGCGAAGUCAUAACUCGAAGCUGUUGGCUGGGUCCUUCUGAACAACUCAUUGGAGUUCACUCUGGAACAUUUUGGAGGAAUCUCUUUGAAAUUCCUUGGAUCGCAGACAUUUAGGGAAAUCAGUCCUCAGAUUCCAGGAUGGAAAGAAAUGCAGAACUAUUAUAGUCCUGUACAUAGAAGAGUGAUGACUUUCUAUUUAGUCCACAUGGAUAUUAACAGAGUGUAAUUAUAUCUAUUCAAUCAGGUUGAAUUAUAUCAAUUCAACCAUUGCAUGAAGCAGAUCUCUUGUUACUACCACAUUUAUUUAUUUUGCAAUGCACCACAUCUAGAUACUCUGUAUGGAUGCAACUGGAGCCUAAUUUCUCUGACAGACACUGGUGCAUAGAUUUAAAAAUGUUUUUUUUUUUGAAAUGCAAUGUGUUCUUAUUAAUAAGAAUCUAUUUUAAUUAUUCCUCAUUAAUAAGUCAUUGAUGAGAUGAAAAAGGUGGACACACUCUAAACUAUUUAAAAAGUGUUUUGAAAGUGAUUUCUAUGUGGAAUUUCUUUUCAGGCCUGGCGUAUGAAAACCUAUUCCAAAAAGACAUACUAAUAAAUACUUCAUCAUAAAAAAUAAAAAGAACCCUUGUAGAGACCUCAAUCUUUGUUUUGGUAAAAUACAUAAAGCUUAAAACUACUGUGAGAAAUGUUUAACACAAAGAUGUGACUCAGAGGACCAAGACUGUAAAAUGAGGGGUUUGGGCUGGUAUCCUCUGAAGAUCUGUCCUCACAUUUGGAGAGCAGAGUUACAAGGGACAGAGAUCUGUUUGGUUUCCAGGCUGAAGGCCAGCAUUUUGAGUCACUAAAUCCAUUGUAUUUUCUUUAUUUUGAAACCACAGUUAGGUGGGCAUCAGUUCAAAUUUCCCCUGUUUAGAGUGUUCACUCAGUAAUAUUGGUGUGGGACACUCUGGCCAUCUUUCUCACAAUAACUUGACCUCUGUAAUUUUUAAAAAAAUUAUUGAGGAGUAAGUAGCUCAUGGAUAAGCAAGGAUAGUAUAAGUGGAUAACUUCAUUUCAUUCAUCAUGAGCAGGAGACUUAAGGAUCCCAAGAUGUUUGUUUAGAUUAUCCAGAGAGGUGGGAGUUUAGAGGGAUUGAAAAUCAUGUUCUUCUGUCCCUCUUGGUUCACCACCAGAAGUAGACCCAAGGCAAUGAUGGCCAUGAAAGUGAUUGAUUCUGCAGUGAUCCCAGGAAACGCCCUAAGAGUGGGGACGUGGGACACCAGGCUAAGGCACAAAGUCAAGUUCUGCAGUUGCAGACUUUCACUGGACCUUGCAGGGGUCUCUGAAAACAAUGUAAUCACAUCUUAGAGUUGGUCCCAUCAGGGUGAGGGAGCUGGAAUAUUUAUACCGUCAGGCUUCCAGUCACUGACCAAGGACUGCUCUGGAGGGGUUCUUUUGGUCUUCCCUGCUGGUAGGCAAAGCAGAUCUUAGACAAAGAGGUGGCAGUUGCUGACUGUUGGAAGCAGAAGUGGUUAAGUGCUAGGGAACUGAGUCAGGCAGCAUCAUCCUCUGCUGCUUCUCCUACAUGAUCCCAAUUGAGAUCUGCAGAUGGAAAUCAACCUCCAGGGUAGCUGGUGAAUCUGUGAUGAGCUGUGAUCAUCAUCAAUUUGUAUACCACGUGGGAGCAUGAGGAUGGUUACAUCCAUGAGAGAAUUUGCUUAGAAAACCUUAAACCUAAAGAAUCACGAUGGGGGCAUUUCUAUUUUUGAAAAUCACAGAUGCUGUCUUCCCUCAGAGCCAACCAACCGUAUGCUAAGUCCCCUGUGUACACACCCUCAAGUUGUGAACUUUCAAAGAUGUGAACAUGGGUUCCAUCAGCAUCAGACAUGAGUAAAAUUGCAGCUUGUCCUCUGUCUCCUGUUGCUGUCAAUCCUUCAGCUUUACCAUCUCCCAGCUCCAGUUAGUAACUCUUCUUGCCUCUUCACUUGAUGCCAGCCCCUGUAUGUCACCUGUUGUACUGUACUACUGUAAGAUUAAAAAUGUUUUCUUUAUUUUUGGUGUUUGUUUUCUAUGUAUUAUUUGUGUGAAAAGUAUUAUAAACCUACUACAGUAUGGUAUCACAUAGCCGAUUGUGUUAGUUGGGCACCUAGGCUAACUUUGUUGGACUUACAAACACAUUGGACUUACAUAUGUGCUCUCAGAACAGAACUUGUUCAUGUGUAGGGGACUUACGGUAUUCUGUUCAGACAGAAGACUUUUGCAGGUAAGGUGAGGCAAGGCAGUUAUGACAUGUACAGCAUUGGAGGGUUUUCCAGCUAUUCAGGGACAGUUUGAAGUAUAGCCAUAACCAACUUCCUUCUGAGCCCUUGGGAGGCUUUAUAUUAGGUUCACUUCUCUAGGGAUGGGGCUUCCCUUGUGGUUCAGCUGGUAAAGAAUCCACCUGCAAUGCAGGAGACCUGUGUUCAAUCCCUAGGUUGGGAAGAUCCCCUGGAGAAGGGAAAGGCUACCCACUCCAGUAUCCUGGCCUGAAGAAUUCCAUGAACUGUAUAUGUAGUCCAUGGGGUCGCAGAGAGUCAGACACAGCUGUGACUUUCGCUUUCACUUUCUUUAGGGACAUGGGGUCUGUGAUUCUUGAUCUAUCGCAGUAUGGCAGAGACUCUGGAGACAUGCCAGGUUCAAAUCCCGGCUCAUUUUAACAACUGAGUUGAAGAUGAAAUGAGUUAAUGCUUAGAGCAAUG